AACCGCACAUGCGCACUUUCUCACUUCCUAGUCCAAACUACGAAAGUGGAGUGUUCAGUCAUUGUGCAGUUACAGUAAGAUAAACUAAAUAAACAACAGUCUCAGUAAUGGCUGUAAACUCGGAACCAAGUAGCGUUUCGUUGCCCGUUUCUGGAAUAGUGAUAGCAGUAGUAUCAAGUUUCAUUAAUGGGUCGACAUUUGUGCUUCAAAAAAAGGGAAUAUUACGCUCCCGCGACAGAGGAGGGUCGUACCUCACAGAUGUGGUGUGGUGGGCUGGCACACUGUCCAUGAUUGUUGGUCAAAUUGGGAAUUUCCUGGCGUACAAUGUGGCCCCCGCUGUAAUAGUUACACCACUAGGAGCCCUUGGAGUGUUAUUUGGGGCUGUGCUGGCUUCUUGGAUCUUGAAGGAGCAUUUAAAUAUCCUGGGAAAGCUUGGCUGUGUAUUAUGUUGCUGUGGCUCUGUUGUGCUUAUCAUUCAUGCCCCUAAAGCGGAGACUGUUAGAUCGAGACUGGAGUUAGAGGAGAGGCUAUCGGACCCAGUGUUUGUAGUGUAUGCCCUCUUGGUGGUCCUGCUGCUGGUCAUACUCAUUGUGUGGAUUGCUCCAGCUCACGGCACAUCAAACAUCAUGGUAUAUGUCGCCAUAUGUUCCCUCUUGGGAAGCUUCACUGUUCCAAGCAGCAAAGGACUUGGCCUGGUUGCACCAAACGCCUUUGGAGAAGGGCCGUCGAGCAGCAGAGCUCUGGCUCUCUUCCUGGGCUUGUUGGGGACUCUGGCUGUCAGCAUCCUGAUCCAGUUCUUCUUCAUCAACAAGGCCUUGGAGUGUUUCAGCUCCAACAUGUUUGAAGCCAUAUACUAUGUAACAUUCACAUCCACUGUGAUUCUUGCUUCUGCUCUUCUCUUCAAGGAGUGGACUGCACUGACUUUAACAGACAGCCUUGCCAUGCUUUGUGGUCUGACGACAGUGUGCGUCGGGGUCGUUUUACUCCGCAUUUCCCAAGAGGCUUUGAUUUCUUGGAAGAAGAAGACAGACUGAUUGAGAUGCCCUCACAUUUACAUUACUUUUAACUUUUACUUUCUAACCCUAACCCUAGCCUACUGUCAUUAAACAAUACGUUUAUGUUGGUCAUUUUGGUUGCAGUAGUCUAUUG